AUGCAUUGGUUAGCUUCCCUUUUGUUAUGGGCACCCCUUUCCACCUAUAUGUGCAGACAUGUCCACUUAAAGACAAGCGGCUUUAUCCCGGUUCAUAAUUGGAGACUGUGGAAAAGCAAAAGAAUAAAUGUACGAAAAAAUGUCUGCACAGGUAAAAGUUGCAAAAAAAAAACACCACACAUUUUUGUUGGGAAGGAAAUAAUUAUAGGCACUCGGGACUCCCCACUAGCAAUAAAACAAUCGGAAAAGGUUCGAACAAAACUUGAAGCAUAUUUUAAAAAAGUUAACAAAAAUGUGAAAAUCACUUUGAAGUCUAUCAAAACAAUGGGGGAUAAUAUUUUGGAUCAAAAGGUUGAUCUUUUUGGAGGGAAAGGAAUAUUCACAAAAGAAUUGGAUGAGGAAUUAAUAAAAGGAAAAGUUCACAUUUGUGUGCAUUCGUUGAAGGACGUUCCGAUGGAAUUACCAGAACAAGUACAACUAUCCUGCUUCCUAAAAAGAGACACAAUAAAUGAUGCCUUCUUAUCGGUAAAAUAUGGCACCUUGGAAGAUAUGAACAAAAUGAAGAUGGCAAAUAAAAUGGAGGAGGGAAGUUAUCAGCCCAAAGGAAUGAGCCAAAGAGUGAUUAACCAAAAUGUGAAGAGAGACAACUACGAAGGUGAUCACUACGACAAUUUUAUACCAACCAUCGGGACAUCUUCCCUCAGAAGGUCCAGCCAAAUUAAAUACAAAUAUAAAAACGUAGCAGUAAAGAAUAUGCGGGGAAAUAUUAACACAAGAAUUGCUAAACUGUGUAAUGGGCAAUACGACGCUAUAAUCAUUGCGAAGUGUGGACUGGAAAGAUUAACAACCAAAAAGGGAAUUAGAAAUAUAAUUGGGGGGAAAAAUAAAGUAACCCCAAAAAACUUCCUAAUUAAUUACAACAACACGGAAAUCAAUUUGACCUCUUUACACAUCCAGCAAAUAAACAAGAGAACUAUUUACCCUGCCUUGUGUCAGGGAAUUAUCGCUGUGUCAUCCCACAAAAGUGAUAAGUACAUUUCUGAUGUACUGAAAAAUAUAAAUGAUGAAAAGGCACAAAUCAUGGCAAAUAUAGAGAGGUCCUUUUUGUAUCAAAUCGAAGGAAAUUGCAUGAUGCCAAUUGGGGGAUAUGCAAAAAUUGUAAAUGGAGAAAUUGUCUUCAAUGCGGUGAUUAAUGAUAUCCAUGGAAGGGAGAAAUAUCACGUUCGCGAAGUUGGGAAGGUCGAAAGCUAUAAUGAAAUUGCUGUAAUGGCGGCCACAAAAAUGAAGGAAAAAAUUGGGACGCACAGAUUUAACAAAAUCAGGGAAGAGGCGGCCCAAUACUAUGCGUAA